GCGCGUUGGGGCUGUUGGUCGGGGGCGGCCGCGCGGCGGGAGCGGGCGGCUCCGGGGCGGGCGCGCGCGCAGGGAUGCUCCGGGGGGCGGCGGCGGCGGCCGUGUGGGCUGAGGCGGCGAGGACAGCGCGGGCCCCCGGGCCUCUACCCUGAGCCGGCCGCCGGGGCUGCGCCGCCGAGGCCCCUUCAGCCUCCGCCCCUUCAGCCUCGGGGCCCGGCCCGCAGCCGCUUCUGAACGCGGAGGCCGGGAGCCCCUGCCUGGGCCCGGAGCCUCCCCUCGGGGGUCGGGCCCGGGCGGGGGGCCCCCGAGCCGCUGCCCUCCUCGCCGGCCUCCGAGCCCCAUUUCCUGCUUUUUCAGUUUCCUUGGGGAGGGGCGGGUGGGUCUAGAUGAAUUUGUUCCGGGGGUCCCCGGCGAGGCGGGCCGGGGGGCCGAGCUCUUUUUAGAGGGUCCCCGCGGGGCCCGGGUGGGGCAGCGGUUGUCUUUGCAUGGGCGGGGGACUUCCCGAACCUGCCGGGACCAUGACCUGAACUGUGCGAGCGGGACGUGUCCGAAGCUCGAGAGCCAGCUCACCUGAGCCGCCCCUCCCCCGGCCAGCAUGGCCUCUGAAGAAGCCUCCCUCAGGGCAUUGGAAAGUCUGAUGACAGAAUUCUUCCACGAUUGUACAACCAACGAAAGAAAACGUGAGAUAGAGGAGCUUCUUGAUAACUUUGCCCAGCAAAUAGGAGCCUGGAGACUCUGCCUGUACUUCCUCUCCAGCACCAGGAAUGACUAUGUCAUGAUGUACAGUUUAACGGUGUUUGAGAAUCUGAUCAAUAAAAUGUGGCUUGGGGUCCCAUCUCAAGAUAAGAUGGAAAUCCGUAGCUGCCUGCCCAAACUCCUUUUGGCUCACCACAAAACCUUACCUUACUUUAUCCGGAACAAGCUCUGCAAAGUUAUUGUUGAUAUUGGCCGUCAAGAUUGGCCCAUGUUCUACCAUGACUUUUUUACGAACAUUUUACAGUUGAUCCAGUCCCCCGUGACAACCCCCCUCGGGCUGAUCAUGUUGAAGACGACUUCAGAAGAGCUGGCUUGUCCCCGUGAGGACCUCAGCGUGGCUCGGAAGGAGGAGCUGCGGAAGCUGCUGCUGGACCAGGUGCAGACUGUGCUCGGGCUGCUGACAGGUAUCUUGGAGACUGUCUGGGACAAGCACAGUGUCACUGCUGCCACCCCACCACCAUCCCCGACCUCAGGAGAAAGUGGUACGGUCUGCCCACCACGUGACUUACUGAGUAACCUGCUGCAGAGUCCUAGUUCAGCCAAACUGUUGAACCAGCCAAUCCCCAUCCUUGAUGCGGAGAGUGAGUAUAUGUGUUCCCUGGCCUUGGAGUGCCUGGCCCAUCUCUUCAGUUGGAUUCCUCUGUCUGCCAGCAUCACCCCGUCCCUCCUAACCACCAUCUUCCACUUUGCGCGCUUUGGCUGUGACAUCCGGGCCAGAAAGAUGGCAUCAGUUAACGGCAGCAGCCAGAACUGUGUGUUGGGUCAGGAGCGUGGCCGUCUUGGGGUCCUGGCCAUGUCCUGCAUCAAUGAACUCAUGUCCAAGAACUGUGUGCCUAUGGAAUUCGAAGAGUAUUUACUGCGUAUGUUCCAGCAGACUUUCUACCUCCUGCAGAAAAUCACCAAGGAUAACAAUGCCCACACGGUGAAGAGCAGGCUAGAAGAACUCGAUGAGAGCUAUGUCGAGAAGUUUACUGACUUCCUGCGGCUCUUCGUGAGUGUCCACCUGAGAAGAAUCGAGUCCUACUCCCAGUUCCCUGUGGUGGAGUUUUUGACGCUUUUGUUCAAGUACACAUUUCAUCAGCCUACUCAUGAAGGUUACUUCUCUUGUUUGGAUAUCUGGACGCUCUUUCUGGACUAUCUGACAAGUAAAAUUAAAAGCCGUCUGGGAGACAAGGAAGCAGUUCUCAACAGGUACGAAGACGCUCUAGUCCUCUUGCUCACGGAGGUGUUGAAUCGAAUCCAGUUCAGAUACAACCAGGCCCAGUUGGAGGAGCUGGAUGACGAGACUCUGGAUGAUGAUCAGCAGACAGAGUGGCAGCGGUACUUACGCCAGAGCUUGGAGGUAGUGGCCAAAGUGAUGGAGCUCCUUCCCACACACGCCUUCUCGACACUGGUAACUCACCAUCGGGAGGGGAACGAAGAGCCUGAUUCUCUCCCUGCACAUGUAGCACGAGUAUUCCCAGUUCUUCAGGACAAUUUAGAAGUUUAUCUGGGUUUACAGCAGUUUAUAGUUACUUCAGGGUCAGGCCACAGGUUGAACAUCACAGCGGAGAAUGACUGCCGGCGACUGCACUGUUCCCUGAGAGACCUGAGUUCCCUCCUGCAGGCCGUGGGCCGGCUGGCCGAGUACUUCAUCGGAGACGUGUUUGCGGCGCGGUUCAGCGACGCCCUCACCGUCGUGGAGAGGUUGGUCAAAGUCACUCUAUAUGGAUCUCAGAUAAAAUUGUACAACAUUGAAACUGCUGUGCCGUCAGUACUGAAACCUGACCUCAUUGAUGUGCACGCCCAGUCCCUGGCUGCUCUCCAGGCGUACUCUCACUGGCUAGCGCAGUACUGCAGCGAAGCUCAUCGGCAGAACACACAGCAGUUUGUUACGCUCGUCUCCACCACCAUGGAUGCCGUCACACCUCUGAUCAGCACCAAGGUCCAAGACAAGUUGCUGCUAUCUGCGUGCCACUUACUGGUCUCACUGGCCACCACCGUGCGGCCUGUCUUUCUGAUCAGCAUCCCCGCGGUGCAGAAAGUGUUCAACAGAAUCACCGAUGCCUCUGCUCAGCGACUCGUCGAUAAGGCUCAGGUGUUGGUGUGCCGAGCCCUCUCUAACAUCCUGCUGCUUCCGUGGCCCAACCUGCCUGAGAACGAGCAGCAGUGGCCCGUGCGUUCCAUCAACCACGCCAGCCUCAUCUCCGCGCUCUCACGGGACUAUCGCGAUCUGAAACCCAGUGCUGCGGCCCCACAGAGGAAGAUGCCACUGGAUGACACCAAAGUGAUUAUCCACCAGACGCUCAGUGUUUUAGAAGACAUCGUGGACAGCAUCUCCGGGGAGUCCACCAAGUCCCGGCAGAUCUGCUACCAGUCGCUGCAGGAAUCCGUGCAAGUCUCCCUGGCCCUCUUUCCCGCUUUUAUCCACCAGUCAGAUGUGACUGACGAGAUGCUGAGCUUCUUCCUCACUCUGUUCCGAGGCCUUAGAGUACAGAUGGGUGUGCCUUUCACGGAGCAGAUCAUCCAGACCUUCCUCAACAUGUUUACCAGAGAACAGCUGGCCGAGAGCAUCCUCCACGAAGGCAGCACUGGCUGCCGGGUGGUGGAGAAGUUCCUGAAGAUCCUGCAGGUGGUGGUCCAGGAGCCUGGCCAGGUGUUCAAGCCUUUUCUCCCCAGCAUCAUCUCCCUGUGCAUGGAGCAGGUGUAUCCCAUCAUUGCCGAGCGCCCCUCCCCUGAUGUGAAGGCUGAGCUGUUUGAGCUCCUGUUCCGGACGCUCCAUCACAACUGGAGGUACUUCUUCAAGUCCACUGUCCUGGCCAGUGUCCAGAGGGGGAUCGCUGAGGAGCAGAUGGAGAAUGAGCCUCAGUUCAGUGCCAUCAUGCAGGCUUUCGGACAGUCCUUUCUCCAGCCUGAUAUCCACCUAUUUAAACAAAAUCUCUUCUACUUGGAGACUCUCAACACCAAGCAGAAGCUAUACCACAAGAAGAUCUUCCGGAUCACCAUGCUGUUUCAGUUUGUGAACGUGCUGCUACAGGUCCUGGUUCACAAGUCCCACGACCUUCUGCAGGAGGAGAUCGGCAUUGCCAUUUACAACAUGGCCUCUGUGGACUUUGACGGCUUCUUUGCAGCCUUCCUCCCAGAGUUUCUGACCAGCUGUGAUGGCGUGGAUGCCAACCAGAAAAAUGUGCUGGGGCGGAAUUUCAAGAUGGAUCGGGACCUGCCCUCGUUCACCCAGAACGUGCACAGGCUGGUCAACGACCUGCGCUACUACAGACUGUGCAACGACAGCCUGCCCCCCGGCACUGUGAAGCUUUAGGCGCGGCCGCCCGCCACCAUGGGACACACCUGCUGCUGCCGCGCCCGCACCGCCUCCGCCCUCCGCCCUCCGCCCUCCGCCACAGGCGCCCCCUCACGGGCCUCGCAGCUCCUCGGAUUCCCGCACCCUGACCGGCUGCCUGCUCCGCCCCCCGCUCCUCCACGCCCCCCUCCCGCCGCCCACCCAGCCGACCCGGCUUCGGGAUGCCCCUCAGCGCUGGCUGGGGUGCCCCCGGACGUCAGGGGCAGGCGGGGGGCUCGUGCGCCCAGGCACCAGGGAGGCCCCGGGGAAUCCUGUGGGCCCUCCGCGCACCUCCCGAGGACACCGGCCAUGAGGCAGAAGCGCCGGGGACCGCUCGUGACAGUGCCACCUUCUCACCAUUCCGCCCCCACCCACCCCGCGGCGGAGAGGCCUGACGCGAGACUAUCUGGGCACUUCUGCCCAGCCUCUCCCGCCCUCCCCUCCAAUUGCCUUGAAGUCUCUGCGUUUUGUCAGAGAUUCGCAGACUCGUGGGUUUUUUGUUCCCGUUUUCUCAUCAUUCCAUUGUGAUACUAAGAAACUAAGAAGCUUAAUGAAAAAUAAAAUGCUUAUGUUGUUGUUAUAGAAA